AUGAUGGAUUCCCAAGAUGCUAAUCGUCCCGAACUACUUGAGGAAGUAAGACUAUUUCGCAACGCUCGUGAACGAGAAAAGUAUGAUAAUAUGGCCGACUUCUAUGCACUAGUCAACACAUUACAGCAUUUGGAAAAAGCAUAUAUACGUGAUUGUGUAACGCCCAAAGAGUAUACUGCCGCCUGCUCAAAACUGCUGGUUCAGUGCAAAGCUUCUUUUAAACAAAUACAGGGUGAUGAUUUUCCAUCGGUUGAGUCAUUUGUAAAAAAAUACAAAUUAGACUGUCCAGCAGCAAUAGAGCGCAUUAAAGAAGAUCGGCCGAUUACAAUUAAAGAUGAUAAAGGCAAUACCAGCAAAUGCAUUGCGGAUAUUGUGUCUUUAUUUAUAACCAUUAUGGAUAAGCUUAGAUUGGAUAUUAAAGCAAUGGAUGAACUUCAACCUGACCUUCGGGAUUUAAUGGAUACCAUGAACAGGCUUAGCAUGUUGCCAGCUGAUUUUGAAGGAAAACAAAAAGUAUCUGACUGGCUAAGUUCUCUAUCAUCUAUGAACGCAUCAGAUGAAUUAAAUGAAACCCAAGUGAGACAAUUGAUUUUUGAUCUCGAAUCAUCUUACAAUGCAUUCAACAAGUUGCUUCAUCAGUCAUCUUAG